AUGGCGGACAAUGUCCCCUCCGAGCCAACGUCUGGUUCAAAGGCCCAUAUCGCCGAAGCUCCCACUAUCGUGCAUGCAGAGAGUAACCAAGAGCAAAGCAAAUUCAAAUCUGCCAAAAAUGCCGACGGGGAUACAGCCAUGGCGCUGUUCGAUGAUCCGGACGAGCUCCACGAAGAGGUUGAUCCUGCAGAAGCGAGGAAGCUAUUGUGGAAGAUUGAUUUUAUGAUUCUGCCCUAUCUGGCCGUUUGCUACGCUUUCUUCUACAUUGAUAAGACAACCCUAAGCUAUGCAGCAAUCUUUGGUAUUCGUGAGGAUCUCAAUCUUCAUGGAACACAAUAUAGCUGGCUGAGCAGUGUUUUCUACUUUGGAUUCCUGGUUUGGGCAUUCCCGACGAAUUUCUUGAUGCAGCGUCUUCCAAUCGGGAAAUAUCUGGGCGCCAAUAUUUUCAUGUGGGGUGUGUUUCUCAUGAUCCAAGCUGCCUGCAACAGCUUCGAGACUCUCGCCGUCCUUCGAGCCCUCGGUGGUGCCGCCGAAGCCUGCGCGGAUCCUGCCUUUAUGCUUAUUACAAGUAUGUGGUACACACGUCGCGAACAGCCCGUACGUAUUGGAUUGUGGUAUACAGCCAAUGGACUCGGUAUUGCGCUAGGUGGGCUGCUAGGAUACGGAAUUGGCCAGAUUCGCGGUGCGCUGCCAUCUUGGAAAUAUGAGUUUAUCGUAAUUGGUGCCCUCUGUGCUUCCUGGGGCAUUAUUAUGUUCAUCUUCCUACCGGACUCCCCAGUCAACGCUCGUGGUCUGACCAAGAGAGAGCGCCGUAUGGCUGUUGAGCGCAUAAGAGAAAAUCAGACUGGUGUUGAGAACAAACAUCUCAAGCCAUAUCAGAUUCUUGAGGCCUUUAAGGAUUAUAAGCUCUACAUGUUUUUCAUUCUGGGUCUUGUUUGCAAUGUCCCCAAUGGUGGAAUCUCGAACUUCGGCACUAUUAUCAUUCAUGGGUUUGGCUAUUCAACACUGGUGACGAGUCUCAUGCAGAUCCCUUACGGAUUUAUCAUCGCCAUAUCCAUCCUCGCAUGCGUCUAUCUGAACGACCGCUUCGAAAACCGACGAUGCAUAUUCGUGCUCAUCUUCUUGAUUCCAAACUUGGCUGGCUCUUUCGGUCUUCGAUUUGUUCCAGUCCAGCACAGUGUGGGCCGCUUGAUUUGCUACUACCUUACUGGCCCAUAUAACGCUGCAUUUGUACUCGUCUUGAGUAUGCAGAUUGCCAACACAGCUGGUCAUACUAAAAAGGUCGUCACAAACGCCGUUCUGUUCCUGGGUUAUUGUACCGGAAACAUCGCCGGUCCAUUCUUCUAUAAGUCUGAACAAUCACCUACUUACGAGCUUGGAAUCUGGUCCAUGAUUGUCUCGCACUUGAUCGAAGCUGUCUUGAUCAGUAUUUUGGGUCUACUACUCCGCUGGGAAAACCAGAAACGCGAUCGCCUUCAGUCCCAGAUGGAGGGUGGUCUUGAGGGGAGAGAUUUGGAUGCGACUGCGUUCUUAGAUUUGACGGAUCGUGAAAACAUGAACUUCCGAUACAUCUAUUAG